AAAUACUCUUCCUAAUAUGGGUCUUAUCGGUUGGAGGCUCCACUUCGUGGCGUCUCUAACUGGAAUCAGCCACACGAAGCUGUCCCAGCUUCACGACAGAAGACUAGUAAAACGAGUCUGGAGGUUUGUGUCACUUCGAGUGCGCUCAACGAUGCCGGUCUUUGGACCCGAGUGUACAAGCAUCAUCGCUGCAGAGGCAAACAAUGCAAGCAAGGGCCGCACUGCUGGGUUAACGAACAAGGAAACCACCAUAGACUACUGUCGAGGCACUUGGAAGAGAGAUUUUAACUAUGUCAAAGGGAAUAUGAAGGAAGGAGAGAAUAAGGAGGAGGUUGACGUUAACAUUGAGAUCUUAUCUAAAAUCCUCGGCGACAUACUAAACAAUAGCUGAAAGCGGAAGGCAGAUGACUUAGUGGAUUGUUGUGGCUGUAAAGCUUAUGCUUUGUCUCACGGUAGGCUUUGUGAUAUAGGCGAGAUAAUCGUUAUUAAAGACACUAGGGAGGUUAAGGGUAACAAGAUAGAUAGACUUAAGCAGUACUGUAACUGGUUCCUGCAACAAGUUAAGAACAAUAAGUGGAGAGAGG